AUGCGCCAGCGCGGAUCGUUCGUUCGUGGUGGAGCGUUCUCAGCGCGAGCGACAGGGCGCGGCCACGGCGGUGCAGGGCGCACUAGCCGUGCCGCAGAUCCCGCGGACGCGGACCUCCUGUGCUUCGGAAGUUUCGUUCAUGCCUGCGAAGGCGAACUUGUAUACAAAGCGAUCGUACCGGAUAAAGUUCCGUAUUUCAAUGCGCCGAUUUUUCUCGAGAACAAGGCGCAGAUCGGACGCGUGGAGGAAGUUUUCGGUCAACUUAGUCAAGUUAUGUUUAGCGUCAAACCUGUGCCGGGUGUAAUUCCUGAGAGCGUUCGGCCUGACGACCGAGUCUACAUAUCUAGCAAUAAACUCCUACCCGCUGCUGUGUUUACCAAGAAGGGACAGCAGGGCAACGCCUCAGGUGGCGCAAAGGCGAAACAGCGCAGGCCACUGAGGACACCCGCGACCCGCGGCGGGCGUGGCGGCUCUCGGCCAUAUCGCGGACGCGGCGGUGCCAUGAGCACUCGGGGUGCGGGCUUUCGUCGACCGUCGUCCAGCUUUAGUGGUGGUGGUGGUGGUAUCUCAAAGCGCCCGUACCGCCGGUGA